CAAGCAGGAGUGCAGAUGGGCAAUGCCUGCUGGGAGCUCUACUGUUUAGAGCAUGGAAUCUAUCCAGACGGAAUGAUUUCUACUGAGAAGGGCCUGGUGGAUUCUUCCUUUGGGACAUUCUUCAGUGAGACUGGCUCGGGAAAACAUGUGCCUCGAGCAGUAUUUGUUGACCUAGAGCAAACGGUUAUUGGUGAAAUCAAGACUGGAAAAUAUCGCACCCUUUUCCAUCCAGAGCAGCUAAUAACUGGGAAAGAAGAUGCGGCAAAUAAUUAUGCUCGGGGUCACUACACCAUUGGAAAGGAGAUUGUGGACUCUGUGUUGGACAGGAUCCGUAAAAUGGCGGAUCAAUGUAGUGGUCUCCAAGGCUUCCUCGUCUUCCACAGUUUUGGAGGAGGGACUGGCUCUGGCUUCACAUCCCUGCUGAUGGAAAGGCUUUCUGUUGAUUAUGGGAAGAAGUCCAAGCUUGAGUUCUCAGUCUAUCCUGCUCCACAAAUCUCCACUGCAGUGGUUGAACCAUAUAAUUCAAUCCUUACAACCCACACAACACUUGAGCAUUCGGACUGCGCCUUUAUGGUGGAUAACGAGGCCAUCUAUGAUAUCUGCAACCGUAACUUGGACAUUGAACGUCCAUCUUAUACCAACCUAAACAGAUUAAUUGGACAAAUAGUGUCCUCCAUUACAGCCUCAUUGAGGUUUGAUGGUGCUUUGAAUGUUGACCUUACAGAAUUCCAAACCAAUUUGGUGCCAUAUCCUAGAAUCCAUUUCCCACUGGUCACCUACUCGCCCAUUAUAUCAGCAGAGAAGGCAUACCACGAGCAGCUGUCUGUGCCAGAGAUCACCAAUGCUUGCUUUGAAUAUUCCAAUCAGAUGGUGAAAUGUGAUCCAAGGCGUGGUAAAUAUAUGGCUUGUUGCCUCUUGUACAGAGGUGAUGUGGUGCCAAAAGAUGUUAAUGCAGCCAUAGCUGCAAUUAAAACCAGGAAGUCAAUCCAGUUUGUUGACUGGUGUCCUACUGGCUUUAAGGUGGGCAUUAACUACCAGCCUCCAACUGUGGUUCCAGGAGGGGAUUUGGCUAAGGUGCAGCGUGCUGUCUGUAUGCUGAGUAACACCACAGCAAUUGCUGAGGCCUGGGCAAGGUUAGACCAUAAAUUUGACCUAAUGUACUCCAAGAGAGCCUUUGUCCAUUGGUACGUUGGAGAGGGAAUGGAGGAAGGAGAAUUUUCUGAAGCUAGGGAGGAUAUGGCUGCCUUGGAAAAAGAUUAUGAAGAGGUUGGGGCAGACUCUGGUAAUGGUGAGGAGGAAGAAGAGGAUGAAUAUUGAUUCAAAAUCACAUGAAUUAUAAGUAGAAUCUGUUAGGCUGUGUAAGCUGUCAUGUUAAAGGGAAAACAAAUAAAAUGCAAUGUUGAACCUAAGAUCUGCUCUGUAACUUUCAUCAUGUGAUGGUCUUGUCAUGUCUUCUAUCUAUAUGCUUGUAUAAAAUCUUGUUUACUCACUGAAUUCUAAUAAAGAUGAACAACCAUA